GCAUAUGCAACUGCCCGUGAGUCAGUCGCGUCGCAUGUUGUCUGCUCAUCGCUAUCGAGCCAAAAGGGCAGUGUGCUACCCUGUUCUGUUCCCGUUGCAUUGGGCUUGCACCCGAUAGAAGAAGAAGAUGCAGAGACUGAACUCUGUCCUCCGCCAGGGACAAAAAGCUAUUGUGGAUCUUGGAUUGCUCACGGUCUUGCGUUCUGAGAUCGCCCACGAGCUCUCGUCCAAUCGCUUUCAGAAUGACCAAAUUGGUGAUCUUGGGGAUUUUGUGGUUGACUGGGAUGCACCGGAAUCUGAAGAUGUGCUUUUGAGGAGAAAAUGUGAAUCCGGUGAGGAAGUUGCUGUUUCGGCAUUGUUGGGUCCACAAAUGUAUGGUGGAGAGGGCAUGUUUCCCAGGGAAGUUCUAAUGAAGGUCUGUUUCAAAAAGCCAGGCUUCAACUCCAUCUUACAGUUUGAUUGCGGUGUAUGCAGUGGAACUGAUAGUGGGUCUGAAUUACACUUACGCGGUGCCUACUAUCUCCCAUCACCUGCGUUAUUGCAUCAUUCGCUCUACAAAGGCCCUUUGUUCAGCACAUUAGACCAUCAUUUGCAGGACAAACUCAAGGAGUACCUUGUGGCAAAAGGAAUUGGAAGAGGCCUCACCGACUUCCUUCUCUCAUACUUGCAUAGGAAGGAGCAAAAUCAGUAUGUAAGCUGGUUGCAAAAACUCGAGAGCAUGUUGGCUACCAACGUAUGACUUUAGGCAAUUGAUAGAACAUUUAUUCUGUCUUACAGUUCUUUCUCUAUUUUUCUCUCAACUCACCCACAGAAAUACUAAACUUUUUAAAUCAAACGGCAUAUGUUGGCUCCAUCAGUUUCUCUUUCUGCUCUUAUCUGACUGUUUUUGUCAGUUAACUGAAGUGGAGUGUGCAAAUUUUCUUUUGGCAAAUAGAAGCUAAAUGUGAAGCAGCUAAGAUAGCGUUUACUUACCUAGCAGUAUUGGUUUGCAUUGAAACUGAAAUCUGGUUGAUGAGGAACAU